CUCCGUGCGGGAUGCUGAAUUGUAGGCGAUGAUGGCGGAAGGGGAGCACCACUGACUUUUAUACGAGUUCUUCCCGCGGCCGAAGAACCGUCUACGACAUCGUUUCUCUCCCUCCGAACCUUUGCCGACACGAUGGGGAACGAGGCGAGCAUGGAAGGAGAGGGACAGGCGGGACAAGGCGGCCCAUGCACCGUUCCUGCUGCGGGUACUCCGGCUUCCAUUUCAGCACCAGCCGACUCUGGACAGCUCACCAAGCCGAGCAAUGGAGCGCCUGCCGGAGGAAGUGGCACUGGACCCGGCCCGGGAAUUAACAGGCCACCUGCGUCAGACCAGGGGCCAAAAUCCGGAGUCCACAUCAGUCAUGGGACAGGGGACAGACUAGCCUCCCAUGACACCCCACAGUCUGCCCCAUCCUACGGGGAGCAGGGUCACGUGUCCAGGAAGAGCCUCCACGUGGACGUGGGCAGCGGCCGGACUGGGAGAUCUCCUUCGGUAUCCCCGGACCGAGGCAGCGUCCCUACCUCUCCUUAUUCUGUGCCUCAAAUAGCACCCAUGCCCAGCAGCAAGCUGUGCCCCGUCUGUAAGACGGCCGACCUGACUGGCACUGGUGACGACAGGCCAAGCUUCAACACGUGCACACUGUGCCGCUCCACCGUGUGCAACCAGUGUGGCUUCAACCCCAACCCUCACCUCACUGAGGUCCAGGAGUGGCUAUGCCUGAACUGUCAGAUGCAGAGAGCGUUGGGGAUGGAUAUGACCACACCACGUUCCAAGAGUCAACAACAGAUCAACUCUCCUUCUCAUGCUGCCAAACCAGAACCUAAACCCGAUGCUUCUCCUCAGCCCGCCCCUCAGACAACCCCUCAGACUCGGCCAGGACAGACACAUCCGGCUUCGGGCCCUUCUAAACAGACGGGUCCAGCUCAGCACCCAGUAAAGUUGCCUCCAGGGGCGGUGCCGCUCCCCGGCAUGGCCAAAGCCCCGUCGCAGCCCGAUUUGUCCCGCAACUCCCCUGCCCACCAGCCCCAGCACCCCCGCCAGGACCAGACGCGCAGCGCAGGCAGCUCUCCUUCACGACAGCCUCCACCCCCUGAGCAGACUUUUGGGAAAUUAUUUGGCUUUGGUGCUUCUCUCCUUAACCAAGCCAGUACGCUUAUAUCCGAGACCACUCAAGUUCAACCACCACCCCCGAAACAGGCCCCCAAACCAGGCGGACCUCACGGUCCAGGACCCGGGACACCCAAACUUUCAGGACCUCCAUCUGCACAACAAGGGUCUCGAGCUCCACCUCAGCAGCAAGCCGCCCCUCCAGAUUCCUCCAAACCCAAAGCUUGUUGUCCUCUUUGCAAAACGGCUCUCAAUAUCGGCAACACAAGCGAGCAAGCCAACUACAACACGUGCACCCAGUGCCACUCCAAAGUGUGCAACAUGUGCGGAUUCAACCCCACUCCGCACCUAGUCGAGAAAAAAGAAUGGCUCUGUUUGAACUGCCAGACACAGAGGGCUCUGUCAGGAAGUUUGGGAGAUAUUCCAGACCCUGCCACACAAAGCGCCGUUCCCACCAUGCCACCUGCAGCAUCUAAUCAGCAGCCACCACAGCAGAAAGAAGCGGAUCAGCGGUCAGGGCCAAGGCCCUCAGGUCCUCAGCAGCAACAGAAAGCAUCGGGUCCCCAAGAUCAUGUUAAAUCAAGUACACAGAGUUUAAGUGACACCGGAUACUCCUCGGAUGGAAUCUCGAGCUAUCAAGGGGAGAUUAUUGGUCGGAUUCAUGAAGAUGCGGUCAAGCUCAAUGAGAAGGGUGUGUCCAUUUCCUCUGAAAUGACAAAGUUAGAGACAUCAAUGAAACCUCUAUUGGAGUCGAAAACCACAUCGGACCAGAAGCAUAGGCCUCAUUCAUUGUCUGUUGGACAAGGACGGGACAUCAGUCCAGAGGACGACGCAGCAAGAGAUGACUCGGACGACGAGCUCAGCUGUAAGCUUCGUCACGAUUAUGUGGAAGACAGCAGUGAAAGUGGUCUCUCGCCAUUACCAGUAAGACAGAAGAAGUCACAUAAAGACUUAACAGAUGAAGAGUUUAUGAGGAGGCAAAUUAUGGAGAUGAGUGCCGAUGAAGAUGAGUUGGAGGAAUAUGGCGAGCAGAGGACUAAAAAAGGGCAUAAAACUAGUGGAGAUUUGAACAAAGAGAGACGACGACUCCCGCACCAUUCCAGUAGUUUUGAAGAGGCAGCCAAAGAAUCAGCAGAUGUGGAAGAAGAGGAAGAUGUCGUAAUGGCCGGGGGUCUUCGCCGUUUUAAGACGAUUGAGUUAAAUAACACAAAUAGUUACAAUAGAGACAUGGAACUUAGUACUGAGCACGACCUACGAGAACCAGAACUAGAGAUGGAGAGUCUUACUGGUUCUCCUGAGGAGAGGUCUAAAGGAGAAUAUUCAUCCACUCUACCUGCUACCACUCCUAGCUACACUUCAGGAACAUCACCAACGUCAGUGUCAUCCAUGGAAGAUGACAGUGACAGCAGCCCGAGUCGAAGAGCAAGACUGGAGGAAGCAAAGCAGCAGAGGAAAGCUCGACAUCGCUCACAUGGGCCAUUGCUGCCAACAAUUGAGGACUCCUCUGAGGAGGAUGAGCUCAGAGAGGAAGAGGAGCUGCUGAGAGAACAGGAACAAAUGAGAGAUCUGGAGCAACAGAGGAUUCGAAGUACUGCUCGAAAAACAAAGAGGGAUAAGGAGGAGCUGCGAGCACAGAGACGUCGGGAGAGAUCCAAAACUCCGCCCAGUAAUCUCUCUCCCAUCGAGGAUGCGUCACCAACUGAGGAGCUGAGACAGGCUGCAGAGAUGGAAGAGCUCCACAGGUCAUCGUGUUCAGAAUACUCACCCUCAAUGGACUCUGAAGCAGAAGGCUUUGAGAUCAUCGGUGGCAAGCUGUACAAAUCCGGGAAUGAAUAUAACCUUCCAACUUUUACGUCACUAUACUCUCCAACAGAGAAGGCACCAUCUGCUGAUAAAACACUAAAAAGUGCAGAGGAGGUCUAUGAGGAGAUGAUGAAAAAAGCUCAGCUCCUUCAGAAGCAAGGAAAACAUGCCACACAGCAGAAACAUUCACUUCGUGACAAUACAAGUACUGCCUUAAUCCCCGGCUCAAGCCCAACCCAGAUUUCUUCACCCAUGUCCUCCUCCACAACUGGAACUGACCCACGAAUUCCAGGAAUUCAUGCAGCACAACACCUUUCAAAAGAAACUCAAAAUAGGAUGGUGUCACAGAGUGCCAAAAUUGAAGGUGUUGUCGGAGGAGUCACCACAACCAAAAUUCCAGUUAGCCACACUGCUACAACUCGAAAUGCAGCCGGUGCGGGCUCCCAACGGCCAGCACAGGCAUCACCUGACUCGUCCUCACUAACCUACAAAGUUUUCUCCCUUUUCAAAGGGCCCAGCCCACAAGCCUCACCCACGGCUUCUUCCGUGCAAAGCCCAACACAUCCAGGAAGUGGCGGCAGGCAGUUGCCGACACUGCCUGGCGGACCAUCGUCAACUCAAAGGUCGAAUUCACCACGUCUUGUACGACAACAGUCCUCUCAAGAUUCACCGGUAAUGGUAAUAACACUCGGAUCUACAACAACUAAUCCCACUAAACCUGUAACGGUAAACUCAUCCACUUCCCCUUUAUCAUCACCAACACAGGCUAGCUAUAAAAUCCCGUACAGCUCCCAGCAUCCAUCAGCAAGUUCUCCAACUUCUCCCCAAACAUAUUCGUCCCAGCAGGCCCCAAAACAUUCUUCACAAAUGGCUCACCAUGUUGAAAAACCAAACGUCGCUAUUGGCACACAAAGUCGAGAAUCGCUUUCUAUGGAGAAUAUAUCUCUUUGUAAAAUCUCAAACAUUUCAGGCACGUCAGUGGUCAUGGUCCAAAGCCAAACCCAUCCGACGAACAUUGUGGAUCUUCGAGCCCCGAUGAGAUCUGCCCCGAUUAUAAUGACAGAUCAAGGGAUGGAUCUAACAUCCUUAGCUUCUGACGCAAGAAAGUACUCCUUGGGAGCAGAACAUCCAUCUGUUCGACAUACAGCUGUCCAACCACUUAUUAUGAACCUGAACGCACAGGAGCAACCACAUGUAUCCGUUUCAACGCCAACAACAGUUAGUGUGACAGUUGCAGGUUCUAUGUUCAUCUCUCAACCCAAACAACCCAUUGUCUAUGGAGAUCCUUUGCAUAACCGUGUAGAUUUAGGCCAGGGAGUGGGAUCCGCUGUUUGUUUAUCCCAGGGUAAGACGCCAGUUUCCGACCCAUCUAUUCCAAAAAUCGACGCCUGCCUCGAGAAUUUAGGUAUCCAACAACAGCAGCUGCAAUUACAACAACAAAAGCUCUUGCAGCAGCAACAACUUCUUGAGCAGCAGCUGCAGCAGCAUCAGCAGCAUUCUUCCUUUGCACGUUACAAUUUAGCCAAUCAAAUCCCUCCACUUGUGAUGAAAAAAGAUCUCGUAGUAAGUCAGACAACCAGUUCCCAGCCUACAGUCACUGCAAGAGUAGCUCCACUGUCUUCCCAACCUGUUUGUAAUGCCCCGCAUGAUAUCUAUGGGGGAGUUGUUCUCGAGCUACAAAAUAAGCCAACAGUUAUGAACCUGUCCACAGGAAAACCCCACGUUAUGAUGGUUCAGCUCGAUGAGAGUAAACCAUCCCAGGCAGCGGUGACUCAGUUACUCAAGAAAGAAGAUCCUCCACCUGUGCCUCAAGUCUUGGAUUUGACUGGGCAGAUCAAACCAGAAAACCAAGUUGCUUGUUGCGAUGUUGUAUACAAUUUGCCAUUUGCUGGUUCCUGUGCGGGGUCAUUUACUCAGAAGCCCACAACAGUAUCACCAGAUAAAAAAACUACCACUGAGACCUCAAACGCACCACCUCCUCCUCAUCAUAUGCAUUAUAAUAUCAAUCAACAGCAACAAUCUCAGACCGCGCAGGGCGUAACGGACGAGCAUAAACCAUACCAAACGCCGAUAGUCCCAUCAGGAAGAAUACAACCCUCCAUGUCUGAUAAUAAUCUGCCUGCCGUGACUGAAGCUGGUCACUACCAGAGGAACAUUAAGGGAGGUGUGGCAGUAGAUCUUAGCAACACCAAUCAGACUUACGACAGUGGCUACCUCGGGAUGGGAGCCCAGUAUGGCUCAUACACAGACCUGCGGCACCAAGGAGACAUUGCAGGCCCAACGUUACCCAUUCGGCGUUAUGGGUCAAUGUCAAAUAUCAAUUCUGACUAUUCCUGUGGGUCAAAUGAGUUAACAGGACCACAGGAUUCCAAUCUAUCACAAUUCAGUGCAACCACCGCAAGGGAAAUUAAUCAAAUGUGUGCGGCUCUUAACACAGUAGAUCAGUUUGCAACACGGUAUGGAAAUAAUCCCGAGGUAUUACCUUAUGGGAUUGGAAGAGGUGCACAUUUAGGUAGGCUGAAUCUCCAUCAAAGUUUAGCGUCAAUCAGAGCAAGUUUGAUGUAUGGCCCAGAUGGAAGACCCUUGUCCAAUAGUCAAACUUUAACAAACUUGAUCAAUGCAAGACAAGCAAGUAUACGCGCCUUGUAUCCUGCUGCUUUAAGAGGAGGCGAUGGCAUGAUAUAUUCGACCAUAAACACUCCAAUAGCCUCUACCUUGCCAAUUACGACCCAGCCCGGCCCUGUUCUGCACCCCAUGCCUCGAGGUAUUUACAGGCCGUACCCCGCAGGCGUAACCGCCGUACCUUUAGCUAGUCUUACCAGGUUGCCUCAAGUGAGUCAGAGAACUCCACUGGCCACCCAAGGAACAUAUCCAUACCCUCCUUCAAACCAGUACCCUGUUUCAACCACAACUUCUAGCACUCUAAGCACCUCACAAAAUGAAACUCCCAUGUAUCUUGGAAGGCCUUCGACUGCAGCUCCAAGCAUCCCACCAACCCAAGCCAGCACAACGAAAAACGCGUUAGGAGCUGGUAUGCAAACGACGUUAGUUCAACAGGCUGAUCAGACUCAACAUAUGUCACAGAUGAUCUCGCAAGGUCAAGGACAGCCUCCAACUGCCAUGACGGCACAAGCCCAGAUGCAGCCACAGCAACUACCUGUUCAAACCGAACCUUUAUCAUUAACCCAAAGCCAUCCUCAAGCUCAAUCCGUCAGUCAACCCCAACCAGUCCCACCCAGUGUUACUGCCCCAACAUCCAAAAUAUCUCCUGUCGAGUCUCAGAAAAGCAAGGAAGAUGAGCGGCUCAGUCAACAACAAGAGCACAUGCUGCAACUAGAGCGAGAGCGUGUGGAAUUGGAAAAACUUAGACAGCUGCGCCUUCACGAGGAGCUUGAGCGAGAUCGAAUGGAGCUUCAGCGACACCGAGAAAAAGAACAACUCAUUGUUCAGCGUGAAAUCCAAGAAUUGCACACCAUCAAGCAACAGGUCUUACAACAACAGCAGGCAGAGCGGGAGACUCAACUUAUGAUGCAAAGAGAGCAACUGGCCCAACAGAGAAUGCAGCUUGAGCAAAUCCAGUCUCUGCAGCAGCAACUCCAACUGCAGUUGGAGGAGCAGAAAAGACAAAAGACAGCAGCGGUGGAGGCAGCGGCGGCCACCGCAGCGGCGGAGGCCGCGGCGGCAUCGGCAGCCGCGGCUGCGACGUCUGCCCAGGGCGUCAUACAAGGGGUGGUGGUCGGAGGAGGGCCUCCUCAAGGCUUCCUGAUUUGUGAUCAAAGUGGAAGGGUUCUACAGCAGGACGGGCAAACUGUGAAAUUCUGGCAAGACGGACAAGUGGUCCAAGCUAUGGUGGCCGCUAGACCGAUUCAUAGUUCUGUGUCAGAAAUGUCUUUGAGAAGCACUGACAAACAGGCUGAGUCCAAGAUUAUGAAGAAGCAAAACUCCAUGCCCCGUCUUAGAGACAGCACCGAGGAUGAUUCUGGUAAGAAGAUAGCAGACAGUUGCGUGCAAACAGAUGAUGAAGAUGGAGAGGACCGGUACCUAAACCGGCGUAGAAGAACAAGGCGUAUUGCAGACUGCAGUGUGCAGACUGAUGAAGAGGACCAAGGCGACUGGGACCAGCAACCAGUAAGGCGCCGACGUUCUCGUAUAUCAAAGCACUCGGAAUCCAGCGGUGAGACGAAAUCGGACGGGUCAUCCAGAACGGUAUCUGCAAGUAUCGCUAUUCAAACCUCAAAUGACUCGUCAUGUCAGACUGAAUCUGAGCAGCUAGGUAGGGUUUCGCCAGCUAUUCAUAUCACCAUGGCAGAAAGCUCAAAGGUUGACCUGUUACAUUACAUCGCAGCACCUGAGAGGACCCACAAGGGAGAAAGUCUGGCUUGUCAGACUGAACCGGAGUCACAGUCUCAAGGCGUUGUUGCUCCCCAACUCAGUGUCCCUACAACAAUUAGUCCAUAUUCCACAAAUCUGCACAUAGCAAAUCCAUCUGACCCAAACUCUCAGAGACAUCAAGGAGUCACUAAGUUUGAGAGACGAAAACCCGACCCACUGGAAAUCGGUUACCAGCAGCAACCCAAUGAAUCUCCUCGCCAGCCCCCCAAAUCCCCUCAGGUUUUGUACUCCCCGGUUUCGCCAUUGUCUCCUCAUCGUAUGUUGGAGACAACAUUCGCCUCACAAGAAAAGCUUAAUAAAGCCCACGUGACGCCCCAGCAAAAGGCCUUGACUGCUGAAUCGCCGCAACGCCACCAGUCUCUACCAAGGCCCAUAAAAAGUGUGCAGCGCUCCAUGUCUGAUCCGAAGCCUCUCAGCCCCACCUCAGAGGAUCCUGCCAAGAACAGAUUCUCUCCAUAUUAUCAGCAAGCUGUGUCCAACAGUCAGAUGGCCUCCCUGCAGCAGCAGCAGAAUGCUGUGAUGAGGAAGGUAAAGAGGACUCUUCCCAGCCCCCCUCCAGAAGAGAGUCCACUCCCCAUAGUUACUCCAGCACAAAUGUACAGUUCUCCCGGGAUGCCUCAGAGGGUUUUGCCGAGACCUGCGCAAGGAGUCACCAAGGCAGGCUUGCUGAGUGAACUGAAAGCUGUCGAACAAGAGUCGUCAAAGCUCAGGAAGCAGCAAGCCGAACUGGAGGAAGAAGAGAAGGAGAUUGACGCCAAAUUACGUUACUUGGAAUUAGGCAUUACUCAACGUAAGGAGACCAUGGUGAAGGAAAGGGAGAGAAGAGAGUUGGCUUAUCUUCGCUGUAUGGGUGAUGCUCGAGACUACAUGUCAGACAGCGAACUCAAUAACCUCAGGAUGGGAACUGCAACGGCAACCUUUGAUGCUAAUGGUUUGCUGACAAGGCCCAGCACCGCACCGCUCAGUCAGUUUACUAAUGAUCUCAACGCAACAUCGCAGUAUUCCUCAACCUCAGGCUACAUGUCUUAUCCUUACCCUCAAAAUCAAGCGCCAACACAGCAGCCAGGCUCAUCUUACCAUCAGAUUGGGUUCCAACCUCCCCAGUACUCUUCAUCCUCUGCUCCCCAGCCUGGGACAUUCCAGCCCCACCCCCCUCCAGGCCCCGGCUACCAGACCCAGGGAACUUAUUCUUCCCGUAUGUACGGCCAACCCUCUUACCAAACAGAUCUCGGCAUGCAGCAUGGUCACCAGGCCUUCCAUCCACCCAGCCAGCCUAUGCCAGGCCAAAGUCUCCCUUAUCCCAGCCACAGCUCCUACCAACCUGGACUUCCUUACCCGACCCAAGCAGAUAUCCUCACAGUACACCAAAGACCAAGGCAAACCUCUUUGGCUGAUCUGGAGCAGAAACUUCCCACCAACUAUGAGGUCAUCAGCAACCCAGCAGUCUCUGUGGCCACAUCAGCGCCGGAUACCUCGUACGGCCCCGCCUACAGCAAUGCAUAUGGACAAUAUCGCCCCCCUGAGCCUGGCCUGACACACUCUGGUGACAGCCCAACAUCUGCGUACGUUUCAGAUGAACAUUACACCUCUAACUUAGAGCAGAACAUCCCAAGGAAUUAUGUAAUGAUCGAUGACAUCAGCGAAUUGACAAAAGACAACAGCGGGCAACCGGUUGAUGCUCUCGGUCACCCGGUAGGAGGGCGAUACCGCAGUGAGAAUGGCCCAGGACGUGGCAGCACCUAUAGUAGACCUGAAGAUGAGCCGGUGGAUGCAUACGGAAGACCAACUAGCACGGUGGCUUACCAAACCCCCAUGGACGGUCGUACUACCACCACGGUUAGCGGAGGAGCUUAUUACGAUGACUACAAACACACAUCACGGAGCAACUCCAGUAGCCACAAAGUCUCAGCCAAAAAUCUCGCUCCUGCCGUGGUCUCUUCUAAACGUAGUAAGCACCGAAAACAGGGAAUGGAGCAGAAGAUAUCCAAAUUUUCUCCGAUCGAGGAAGCUCGCGAUGUCGAGGCAGAUCUGGCAUCCUACACUAUGACCACCUCGACGGGAGGCAGUUGUACUGUGGUGUCCCGAUCCAAGAAUCAGGACGAACUGGCAUACGGGAUGAAGAGGAAUGCUUACGACCAGCAGAAAUAUUAUGGCACCAGUCGCGAGGGUCUUGAGGAAGAAGAUCGCAUGUACGGCUCCGGUAGGUCCAGGUCCACCGGCUACGGCAUGGAUAAGAUAUCAUCUCGAGAUGCCCCAGGUCACAGAAGUAAAUCCUACGAGAGGGAUGCCAUGGAGCGUUCUCAGAGGAGCGGCCGCAGUGGAAAACCACCCAUCCGCAAUCAGAAUUCAGAGGAAGAGAGUCCAAUCAGUCCUGUUGGUAAACCCGUAGGCAUCGGACGGAGCUCUGCUGCGGCCAACGCUCACGAUGUGAGGAACCAGUAUGGGUCAAGUCAUUCGCUUCCAGAUGUGCAAGACCACCACAAGAAGGACCUUCCAAGGAGUCACGUGUACAAACCAGAUGACCCUUACCUUGUAGACGACAUGCACUGUGCUGUUUCAGACAGUGAAGCGUAUCAUUUGGGCCAAGAGGAGACAGAUUGGUUUGAAAAGCCUCGAGAGGCUCGUUCAGAACGUUCAAGACAUCACAGAGGUGGAAGUCAGUCGUCUACAGGUAGGCGCACAAAGCACACCUACCAUGACUAUGAUGAGCCACCAGAGGAAUACGGUCCCCAGGAUGACAACCAUCAACGCCAUUCCUCCUCCGCAUCGUCACGGGACCAGCGAUAUCAUGGCAACAGCUCCGGGAGGCACAACGCUUCCCGACACAGCUCCGAAGAUCCCAGGUCCUCUCGUUCUAACAGGACACACCCCAAAGACAAUUCGGGUCGAUAUGAUGGCAGGGGCACUUCCUCUGCACAGAGGAGGGCUGGCCCGGACUCCCGUUCUAGCCAAGGAAGUCCCCGGAACUCAGGAGAAUUCUCCCGUGACCCGGCUUCCGGUCACCACCACGGCACCGGAGGACGAAGCCAGAGACAAGCGGGAGAGCGCACAAGAAGGCAGGAUCCCUCUGCUACAGGUUCCAAGAUGCAGCAGCAGGGCCAUGCUGGGCAACAGCGUUCAAGUGGUCAAAGCCAGUCGGGGAGACAUCCUGGCUCGGAAGCGCUUGAUGGUACUCAGCAAGUCCAGCAGCAGCAGCAGCAGCAGCAAAAUGUACAACAACAGCAGCAGCAGCAGCAAAAUGUACAACAGCAACAACAACAGCAGCCGCAGCAGCAGCACAGCCACCCCCCUCCAAGCAGCCAGCCAAGUGGACCAUCACAACAGCAGCAGCAGCAGCAGCAGCAGCAGCAGCAGCAGCAGCAGCAGCAGCAGCAACCCAAGCCAAGCCAGACACAGGGACGCCCAGGAGGAGGUUCUGCAGCAAGCCAGCCAGCAACUACAACGGUCAAAAUGGAUACCACACCAUCAACAACUUCCAUAGGAAUGAAGCCUACAAUGGCAGUCCCAAGCAUACCUCAGACUACCAAAACGACUCCACCGCCUCUAACAGGCAUUGGCUCGAAAGCCGCCCCAGUGGGGAUCGGUAGCAAAGCCGGCGGUAUUGGCAGCGCUGCGGCUGGACAGGCACCUGCUGAAGGGGAAAACGUUCUGACCAAAAUUCUGCAAGGGGGAGCAGCCGAGCAGGCGGGAAAACUGGGAGACGCUUUGUCCGGCCUUGGGAAGAAAUUCACUUCAUUCUUUUAAGUUGAAGAGGAGAGGGGUCUGCGUCGUCACAACAAUCCAAAAUGAGAGUCGUGGUACCAGAAAAACCUAUGAAACUACAUUUAUUACUUUUUACCAUCAUGGUGAUGUCAAUCCAGAGCAUGGAAUCCUCUGAGCAUCAGAGGACUUGUGUUCUGCUUCUUCUCCUCCUUAAAAAGCUUUCUGGGAUCUAAAAGAAAGUUCAAGGCCCACUGAAGGGAGCGUUCUGGCUGCGCUCCAAUUGAGGAAAGCCUCAUUGCGCCCUCUACUGGAUGUUCUUCAUAUCUGAGGAUUACACAUCUGGCAUGGAUAAUUUAUCCCACGUUAAUGCUGAUUCUCAAAGCAUGUCAAAGGUUUUUCUGGUACCAAAGAAUCAUAUCGCUCGCAGACAACUCCAGCAAGAAACCUGAACGCUCGGGUUCUCCGAUCUCUACAUUCCAGAAUGGGAACGUAACCCUGUCUUUGAAUGUGUUCUUACUUCUCCUUUUCUUUUCAGUGUCUCUACAGAAUGAAUUGUGUAAUUGUGUACAUGCACGCACAAGUAUAUGAAAACUAAAGAAAAACAAAUUCAUAUCUGUACUUUUCCAACAGCCACAAUUAGUCAUGAGUUUUAUUUUUUGUUGUUGUUUUGUUAGGGGGGGAAAUACUGCCAGUGUGCCCAUAAGUGUGAGAUUCACACCGAUGAGAGGACCAAACGAAAGAGUGGCAGUGGCUCGAUAUCUCGCCAUCACAAAGCCAUUGCUAUUGUCUGCGUGGAGCUUUCAUACCUCAUCUUUUAGUUCCUUUUCAAUUUGCCUCAUAUUCACUGAUUGGACGAGCCUUAUUCAGAACUUUUUUAUUUUAUUUAUAUAUAUAUAUACCUCGUAUGUUUUCAAAUGUCCAUAUCAUGACGCAUUUAUUUUUACGCAGCUGUAUACUACUGUAUGUACAAAAUCUUUCAAGAUGUCAUUAUGUAAAUUUGUCAUUUGUGUAUUUACGGAAUAACAUUUUUACCUUGUUGUUUUAUUUGGUACAACUUUAUAUUUGAAGCUUUUUAUUUUGUUAACUGUCACUUUUCUCGCAUCAAAUAAUUUGCUUGGUGACUUUCAAAAAGAAAAAAGAAAAAAAGCAAUAGCAUGCAGAUAACUGUAUAUAGCACAAUGGUAUAAAUGUUGUGUACGUAAGCGAUGGGGAAUUUAUCCGACGCUUCUUGUUGUACAGUUUGUCGAACGGUUUACAACCAUCGUACCAGAUGUCCAGACGUGCAUGUGUGUUAGGUGCAGAUGCAUUCGACUCUAAUGCUUAGAGCAUGCGGAGUGGUAGGAACACAUACGAACGCACAUAUUUCGCCAUGUCAGAGUUCCUUUCUGCUCUAUGGUUAGAAAGUCAUCAACAAUCUUACGAACAAGCUGGGCCCACUGCCUUUAUUCUCCGCGUUCGCACACGCACACACGAAGUGUAGAUGAGCAAUUCAAAUGUUCUAUGCAAUGACUCCUUUUGAACCCGGUAGUGACGUCAUCACAACAAACCAACAACACCGCGUCAAGCAGUUUGAGGUCUGUUUUCACUGUUUGAAUCGAUCGAAGUCGAGAUGUUUUGUUUGUUGCAUGUUUCUUGAGCUGUCCCCACCCUCCGCAGGGACUUGUUGCCAAAGGGUAAACUGUGUCUACUGUCCGUUUUUUUGAAUGUCCACCAUCAUGUUGCUUCGUAGCAUGGGUUUGCUUGGCUGCUUCCUUGGCUGUUUGUUAGUUCCUCGACAGUUUUGCCUGACCUGGGCUUGCAGUGACCGUCUGUGCUGCUCUGAACCUGUGACACAACACAUGCACAAGCCUGGCUGGUUGUGGUCGCCGCUGGAAGACAAGCAGACACAUGGACGUUAUGUCACAGUGCCUCCGAGAUCGCCAUCCAAACGCGAGAUGGAGAUCCGCUUGAUGCGAGGCACGUAAGACUUAACAGCUUUUAGUGCAGCCAUCCUCAUUCUAACUGUAAAUACACGUUCAUUCGACUGUACAGCUUUUGUUUGCAGUACGGCUGUCAUGUGCAUCCCCAUGCCGUAUUUGAUGCCAACUUUUUGUGUAUAAAAGAACAUUUAUUAACAGUAACAAGGAAGAUGAUUAUGGUACUUGCUUAUGCAUAGACUAUGUGGCUAACCCGUACUGAUUGUUUACAACAGUGGAACAAAAACGGAACACAAAUUCCUCUUCAGAAACAUAUUCAGUCUAUGUCGAGAUUCUAUCCUUAUUGUAUUUUAGAACCUCCACGGCAACAAGUUGCCUUCGGUGUCCCACAAUCAGGAGGUUUCCGUGGUUAUGAUCUAGGAUGUGAUCAGAUUGUUUGGAUGAAGCAGGGCAAAAAAAAAAAAAGGAAAAAAACAAUAAAACAUCUGGAAAAUGUCAUUCACUGUUGUAAGUGCAAUGGGGAAAAACGUCAGUCGUGUAUCCAUCGUGAAACCUUGUGCUCUAUUCGGUGUAUUCCUGUAAACUGAUAAAUUAAUUAGUACAUUUUGGUGCAUCAUGUCCAGUAAUGUGAUUCAAUGAAAAUAUUGAUCCUGCAAUUUCCAAACAGAGAAAAAGAAUAAACAUUAAAGAAAUAUAAUGUUGUCUUGUA